CAUCACAAAACAUCAUCAACCGUUAGAUUCACAUAAAGACAAAAUAGAUCAACGGUUGAUGUCAAUCCUUAGACCUUAAAAUAGCCAACAACACAGGUAAAGCCAACAAGGAAAAGGAAGUAGAAGGAAACAGCUUUUGCUUUAAAGAGGGCAAAAACUUUUAUUUUUUGUAUUUUCGUUGGGAAUAAAGCGAAGGGUUCAAUUUUCAAUCUGGGUUUUGGCUUUUGUUUUGAGAAAAAAAGGGAAAAAAUUUAGAAAAAAAUAGCUAUGGCUGAGGUUUUGGGGAAGGGAAAUCUGUUUACGACUUGUGACUAUAGUCAGAAGAGGAAUCAAGAAGGUGGAACUUCUUUGUUUUCUAAGAAAAUUUCUGGGUUUUGUUCAAAAAAGAAUAGCUUUCCUUCUUUGAACGUGAUAUCUCAGGCUUUGAGGAGUGAUUUUAAUGGGCAAAGAAUGGUUUUUUUGGAGAAGCAAAGUGUGAAUAAGAGAAGCUUUUGUCAAGUUCCCAUUAAAGCACAGAUGCAAACUGGCCUUAUUGGUCGAAGUCAAAAGUGGUGGGAGAAGGGGCUGCAACCAAAUAUGAAAGAAGUUACAUCUGCACAAGACCUGGUAGACUCUCUUUUGAAUGCUGGGGAUAAACUUGUUGUAGUAGAUUUCUUCUCCCCUGGUUGUGGUGGCUGCAAGGCUCUUCAUCCCAAGAUUUGCCAAUUGGCAGAGAUGAAUCCAGAUCUGCAGUUUCUUCAGGUGAAUUACGAGGAGCAUAAAUCCAUGUGCUAUAGCCUUAAUGUCCAUGUGCUGCCUUUCUUCCGGUUCUAUAGUGGAGCUCAGGGGCGUCUUUGCAGCUUUAGCUGCACCAAUGCCACGAUCAAAAAAUUCAAAGAUGCAUUGGCCAAGUACAAACCAGACCCAUGCAGCCUUGGGCCAGCAAAAGGGCUCGAGGAGAAGGAACUUUUGGCAUUAGCUGCGAACAAAGUCCUUUCCUUUAACUACACACCAAAACCUGUUCAACCUGCACAUGUUCCUGCACGGGAAGAGAUUCUAGUAUCAAAAGAAGUUCCUUCUGAUUCAGGGACAAAACUCCCUCUUCCUCACCCUGCAACGUCCUUAAAGCCUAAAGAUUGUGAGGAGAUAACCUUGGUUGGUGCUGGGACAUGAUUGGUUAGUUUUUUGCCAACCUCAUUCUCCUCCCUACUGCCAAUGUACAGUUACUACAGUCCUAUUUCCGUGGUCAUCUUUCAUGUACUAAUUAUUCAUGUUAAAAAUGAACAACAUAGUAGAGCAGGUGAAGCCAUACAGCAUAUUGUCUCCCCGGGGAGUUGCAGGCUUUUUGGUCUUAUUUCUUUUUGGAUCCUAGCCUGCUUGAUCAAGGGUGUUUGAAGAGCAACUAGCUAUGUAUAUGUUGAGUUGUCAUUUUUAUGUUUAAGGGAUAACCCCUUUGUGAAUGUAAAAAUCAUAUUGUUCUAUAUAUAUAUGGUUAUAGAAACUGUCAAGCACAUAUUAUUAA